AUGCAAAAUAUUUUAACCGAAUUAAAACACGCCAACGAACAACUCCACCGCCAAGUAGCAGAACUACAGGCAAGUCAGAAAUUACUACAAAUAAAAAAUAGUGAAUUGAUACUGGCAACUAAAACGUCACAAUUAAAUACAAAAAUAAAUGACAACAUAGAAAAAAAGACCCCCAAUUCUAACAUAUCAGUUUCCAAAGGAGAUAACGUAAUUUCAAAAGCUAAUAAAAAAAGUAACAAUAACCCGACUAAUGAUAAUACUCAAAAAAUAUAUAAGCCCCCACCAAUAACUAUCAAAGGUGUUAAACAGUUUGAUAAAUUAAAACAAUUAUUAACGUGUGAAGAAUCGGUAGGAAACGAACAACAAUUCAAAGUCCUAUCGAAUGACGAGACGAGAAUCUUAACAAAAAACGAAAGUCAAUUUAGAAGUAAAAUAAAAAUAUUAGAAGAAAAUAAAGUUGAAUACCAUCGGUACCAAUUAAAAAGUGAAAAACCAUUUCGAGUAGUAUUACGAGGUAUAAAUCAUGACUCAGAUAUGGGAAUAAUUACCAAUGAACUGUAUGACCAAGGCCACGAAGUAAGCAAAAUAACCAAUAUACAGAUCAAAAAAAAAUCCGAUCCUAAAAACAAAAACAGCGAGUGGACAUACAUAAGGCUACCAUUAUUCUUUGUAGAUUUAAAACCGCGGGAAAAUAAUAAAGACAUAUACAACAUAAAACUACUAUGUCAUCAGAUAAUAAAAAUAGAACCACCACGUAAAAAACAAGAAGUACCGCAGUGUAAGAACUGCCAAGCUCUCGGACACACACAAAAUUACUGUCACAGAUCGUCUGUAUGCGUAAAAUGUAGUGAAGGACACAGAACUGAAGAUUGUCCAAAAUCUAAAAAGACAAAAGCAAAGUGUGCAAACUGUGGUGAAGAUCACACAGCCAAUUGGAAGGGUUACUCUGCUUACAAGAAAGCAAUAGAAAGAGCACACCCAAAACAAGUCUCUGCUGUGCUAAGAAUACAGCAGAAACCUGUCACAACAAACGUUUCAUACUCGCAGAUGGCUAGUACUUCAAAAGUCCAUACAAAAACACCUCAACCAAAGGAAAACGAAGAAUCCACUACUCUUAAUGAUAUUCUAGUCGCGUUAACCAACGUAACGCUGACACUAACAAAAAUCACAGCAAGAAUGGACAAAUUGGAAAUAAACCAGACAAAGUCCAAAAAUACCUCGCAGAAAAUAAAGAAAUGAACCACACACUGCGGAUCAUAGCAUGGAACGCCAACGGGUUAGUACAGCGCAGACAAGAACUUGAAGACCUUUUAUACAGUGAAAACAUUGACAUAGCCCUUAUUUCGGAAAUUCACUUCACAACGUGGACCUAUCUAAAGAUAAGGAAUUACAGAAUAUAUACGACAAUUCAUCCCAGUGGUAAAGCUCGGGGUGGUACUGCUGUAAUAAUAAAAGAGUCCAUAAAGCACUAUGAACUCGAAAAAUACUCUGUAAAUCAUAUACAAGCGACAAGCGUCCGCGUUAAUGACGGGAAUAACGAUCUCACCGUUACUGCAGUUUAUUGCCCACCGCAAGGAGGUGCAGAUGAAAUUAAGUUCGCUGAAUUUUUCCAUACGUUGGGUUCUAGAUUCAUUGUUGGAGGUGAUUAUAAUGCUAAGCAUACACACUGGGGAUCGAGAUUGAUCACCCCAAAGGGACGAGCCUUGUUAAAAGUUGCAAACAACAUCAACGCUGAAAUCAUCACAACAAAAAAAGCCAACGUAUUGGCCCACUGA